AUGAUACGAGGAAGUGGCACCAGCCAGGAUUUACGACAUGAUACCUCGUCACUACCUGGCGGAACGAAGCUCCUCGAAGCCAACACCACACUACCUGCCAGACAUUGGCGUAACGUAGUCGGCGUGGAACUACCGGCCGACAAUAUUUUGGAAGACUUGGUGGACAGCUUCUUCUCUUCGGUCAACUGGUUCAUGAUGGUCUUCCACGAAGAUAUCUUUCGCCGCAGGUAUGCAGAAAUGCUGCAACAUUCACAAAUCAAGUACCAAGAUACAACAUUCUACUGGACUUGGCUACUAGUCAUAGCGCUAGGUGCACAUUACGCUGCACUCAAAGACCCUGAGGAUCAGAUGAGUCCUCAGUACCGACAGCUUUCUCGAGAUCUGAUUGCUGUUAUUGAAACCCGUUUCUUACAGAUUAUCGGGUGUCAGACUGUAGAAACAGUCCAAAUAUGUAUCCUACUUGGCAGUUUCAUAUUCUAUACACGACCCACAACGGGACUCGGUAUCUGUGGAAUGGGAGUCAAAAUUGCCCAGGUCAUUGGACUACACCGUGAGAGUUUCUGGAAGGAGCAGUCUCAGUUAGCGCGAGAAGUCAAACGGCGUACUUGGUGGACAUUGGAAGUCUUCGAUAAGUAA